AGUAUUCGGGCCAAGCACUUAGGCCCAAGGUCACAAAGAAACGGACUAGUGCGUGUGCAGCGGCGGUGGAGUCGAGGAAAAACCCUCCCAGCGCUCCCCGGAAGAACCGCAGCUCCAUAGGAAAAUGCGUAUGCGCUUCAGGUGCUUGAUAUGUGUUUGGGUUUCGGCCUUUGCGCAAGAUGAGGCCAUGGAGGACAUUUUCGCCGCUCUUGGAGAAGAGUUGGAGCACGAGGACUGUUCACUCUCGGGCGGACGUGAUUGCAAGGGUGGCAUUGCGUUCCUGCAGACAAAGUCGGCAUACACAUGGACGUCCCUGGAAGCCGAGACGGCGACAGCAGCAGUGCCAAGCUUCUUUCAGAUGGAGGAGGUCACCAGUCAGGUGGGCGUGGUGCACGGCGCUUCAAGUGCCACAACUGCGAUGGUGGGAGAGGUUCACAUGGAUCGCUCGCGGCAGAUGCGCCAGUGGCAGGAGGAUGCCAUCGAGAUUUAUGCAGAGACCCACGCCCAAUCGGCCAAUUCAGCUGCCGCUGCUGUGACGGUGGCCACGAUCUCGGAGAGCCGAGGAGCAUUAGCCAAAAUGCAGUUCUUUCUGACAGCUUCCGGCCUUUGGUUGGCCGUGGUCCUCAUUUUGCUGGUCUUCCUAGCCGCAGCCUGGUUUGGGCGCUGGUGGGCUGCUCCUGCUAAAGCAGAGACUGCAGAAGCGACAGAUGCGGCAGAUGUGGCAGAUGAUGCUGAAAAAGUGGAGGAGCAUAAGGACACGGCAAAGCCCACUCCGCAGUUCAUCCCUCGGCCGAGCAGUGAGGUUCCGGAAAAGAGCAGUGGCGCGCAGAGCAAUGAGCUGCAGAGAUACAUCCAGAUCAUCCAGGAGGCCUGCGGCGUCUGCAAAGAGGAGGAACUCUCGUGGCUUCUCCCAGAGGCUUCGGGCUACGAUUGCGCCUUGUCUCGUCCUUCCAGCAGCGGCCGAGCAGUUCGGCUGUUGGUGAGAAUCGAAGGGCCCUUGCCAGGUGGUCCGCCCCCUCUGGGGUUGCUUCGAGCACCCCUGAGCCAGCGGAGCUGCGUUUUCGUCUCGGCUGCCGCGGAAGAAGUGGGGAACGUGGACGGUCUGCCGCUGCAGAAGAAGGCAAUUGACUCUGUGGAUUUUCAAGUUUCGUUGGUCGGCGCUCCAUCCAUCCGUAUCGAUGUGACGGGCUCCGAUCUGACUAUGCUCGAUGCGCUGGAGGACAACUGGACACCACCCCAGCCAUUGAAUUCUUUGCCGCGGCCAUGGCGAGAGUUUCUGGAAGUUUCACACUUGGCCACCGGCAGUUUUCGCUUCAGAGAAGAUGUGCUGUUGGUUGGAUCCCAGGUCUUGCUUUGUGGAGAGUUGCUUCGUGACUCACGGGGCCGCAUUUUUCUGCAGCCCUGGGAGGCUCCGGCCGAGGUUGGAUGCGAAAGCUGGCGAACGUCUUGGGAGUGUGCAAGCUCCAAGCUGCAACCAACCGUCCUGGCGAGCAACGAUAUGACACUGGCUGAGGGGCCAAAGAUAGACUGCAGUGAGACUUGCUUCCUUUCUGGCUUCGAGACGGCCGAAUUUCCCCAGCCCUUCUUGAUGUUGUGAAGAGUUGAAGAUGGUUGGUAUGGGUUAAAUUCAUGCAGAUGUGAGGCUCAGGAGACUGCUGAUGUUAGAUGAUGGUUUGUGGUACCAGUCUUGACCCACACUGAUAUUGUACCUGGCCUGUUCUCACAAAGGAGGACAUGGAUCCGGAAACUCAAAGCGGAGUAAUUCAGCGCCGGCGAGGCGAACAUGUGUUCAAGGCAUGCCCGCUUUCUCGCAGUGGGAUCAAAACAGGUCCAGUCGCUCCGCAGA